AUGAAGUUCUCCAUCCAAACUGCCCUCCUGGCUAUCGUGGCUGCCACCGGCGUCAGUGCCGCAGCCGUUGAGGACCCGGCCAUGGCGGCCGUUCGCCGUAACACCAUCCUCAUGGAGCGCCAGGGUGCCAACGCCAACCGCCCUGUUCCCAACGGCGCCUGCUGCGUCGCCAACACGAGCUUGAAGCAGGAUGUCUGCAACGUCAACGGCCAGACUGGCCGCUGCGUGCCCGAUAGCGUGAACAACUGCGGCGCCCGCUUGACCUGUAUCGAGGACAACAGGUUGACAUGCGACGCUACCCAGCAGGAGCGCGGCCGUCCUUUCUGCCGCCGCACUCCCGGCGCGUAA